GGCUUAGCCAGAAAGUGACGCGACGGAGUCGAGCCCAGUACCUUUUUUUUCUCUCCGAGUUUAACAAACCCAGUUACAUAAAGAAAUUGCGUUCCACAAUAACAGAUCACAUCGGGACCUUGAAAAUCUCCGCUGUUUACAACUGUUUCAAUAAUAAAGUCUGCUGUGUCGCAGGAACACACCUCCAAAAUAGUGCGUGCCUUUUUUUAAAUGAAUCUCUCCUUCGUAAGUCGCGCGAUCGCAAACACGCGCUUAUCGCGCGUUUUCUCCGAUCCAAUCAGCAAGUCGAACGCAGAACUUUCCCCUCAUAACAGGAGAAACAUGAAGUCAAACAUUUACAUCCAAAUUGAAUAAAGUGAAAGCGCGCUUGAAUUCGGGAUUGUAUUGAGAACGAAGCGGUUUCUCAAUGUCUAGAGCAGCGAUGAAGGAGUUCUGAACAUCUUCCAGUCGAUUCCCUUCGUACAAAGCCACCACUUUUCAUAGAGAUAUAAAUCAGAUAAAACAGCUCCACCCAUCAUGUCUAUGUUCUAUAUUGGACGUUUCCUCAACAACUUCAAAGAUUUUUACAAUGAGAUUAAUGGUGCUACCCUUACCGGCGCCAUCGACGUCGUUGCCGUCGAGCAGCCCGAUGGCACCUACAACUGUUCACCAUUUCACGUCCGAUUCGGUAAAAUCGGAGUUUUGAGGAGCAGAGAAAAAGUGGUUGAUAUUGAGAUCAAUGGAGAACCUCGCGACAUCCACAUGAAAUUGGGCGAAAGUGGUGAAGCAUUUUUCGUUGAAGAAGUCUUCGACACUGAAACAGAGGAAAUACCGGAACACUUGGCGACAUCUCCGAUUCCGGUCUCCCAUUUCGAGCAUUUGUACAACUCAAAAGGUCGCAGGAGGAAUAGCAUAGAUUUGGGCGAUAAGAAGCCGGUGCUGAAUCUGGAAAAUCAGGUGAACGAUUACAGCAAGCGUCGUAAUACCACCGACAAUGAUAAUGAAAAGAGACGAGGACACGAUUUCAUCAAGCGUCAAAUUGGAUUGGGAAAUAUUGAAAUCGGAGAGAAUUCAAUGGAAGACUUGACGCUUUCGUUGCAAUCGACCACUAAGGAGAGUAUCGACGAUUUGAGCAAGGACAACGACAUUUCCGACACCAUUUUUAAAAUGGACAGUUUGGAUCACGAUAGCAAAUCUGAGUCCACUACUCCGAACAAAGAAGAAGUUAAGAUUCUUCCACCGGUGAGUGAUCCGCCCAGUGAGACCAAAGGCGCAAAGAAGAGACGCAGGAAGAAGAGUGUUAUGAAGAAGAAGGGAUCUCAAAGGAAGAUUUCCAAUGUCACAGAUACUCCAACGCCAACUGUUGAGCCGAACGAAGAGUCGAACACUGAUUUGAAAGGCAGCGACACAAACACCGAGAGGAGUUCAUUGGAAGGAAGCCCAUCAGAAGCGGAAGCCAAGGAGGCUUCUAAAGCAGAUGAGAAUACGUCAUCUGUGGCCAAUAGGAAAGUACCUAUGGAUCCGGAUUUCCAUUUCUUUAGUGAUACUGAGUUGACGACAGGACAGAGUGAUUCCAGACCCAAUACUCCUAUUCAUAUUGAAUCUGUCCAAUCAGACACGGAAUUCGAAGUGCAGAAGAGUAAGGACGACAACAAAGAGAAUGAACAGCAGAGCCAAAGCUGGGCUUGGGGGGAAUUCCCAAAGAACAUGAGUCAGACGAACACGGCGAACGACGAAAAACCGGGAAAUAACCAGGAAGAGCAACAUAACUCUAUGCUGAGCAAUAUGUUCUCGUUCAUGAAACAGACAAAGCAUAGAAGACGUAAUAGCAAAACGGAGGGCGUCUAUUUGGCGGAUCUCAGUUCGGGAGCCAUCGAUCCGGAAGUAGCCAACCUCUAUUUUACAACCAAUAGCAAUAAACAAAACGCAGAUGCAGACAUGGAUUGUGAAUCAGGAAAUGGACCAUCUCUAACGCAGAGCCCGAACAGCGUGGAAGGAUCGAAAUCUAUAGAUUCCGAUUUUGAUGAGCAGAACAAAUUGGCACAAACUUACAUGCACGAUAUCUCUUUGUCGAUGUGCGGUUGGGAACCAGAGCCAGUCGAGGAUACCUUCCUUCGUCAUGUAGUUGCCUUCAGUGAUCUCUGCAACAAUCCCUCACUAUUUGAAUCGCCGAAUCUAGUCGUUCGCAUCAGGAAUAAAUACUACAAUUGGAAAGUUGCCGCUCCGAUCAUUUCUAGCCUGAUUAUUUACCAAAGACCUUUGCCUCAAUCGACUGUUGAUCAACUGAUCAAUAUACAUAUGCCAUCUACAAACAAUGCCAUUGGAGUGUCACAAGAAAAAGAGCAAAAAACAGAAUCCAGAUCUUGGAUGUGGAUGUGGAGAAGAUCACGCAACUCCCGUGAAACCACUCCUGCUGCAGACUUGGGAGAAAACAAAGGAGGGGAUAAGGAAGUUAGCGAGGAAGUGUUCCAAAGUAGCGAGUUAACAGCAUUAAGUGAGACAUACGAACUGUCUCAAGAUGCUCUCGUGGAACAAGCCAAAGAUUCGGGUGUUGAAGACGAGAAGCCAAUUCUUCUUCAUGAAGGUGUAAAUGAACCUGUUACGCCUGAAGGCUGCAAAGUUAAUAGCGAGAAGUGUAGGAAAACGUUGCGUUUGAGUUCAAGCCAAAUUAAAAAACUAAAUCUUCGUAACGGCAUGAAUGAAGUUGUUUUCAGCGUGACUACAGCAUAUCAAGGUACUACAAGAUGCAGCUGUCAUAUUUAUAAAUGGAAAUGGGAUGAUAAGAUCGUUAUUUCUGAUAUUGAUGGAACCAUCACCAAAUCCGAUGUUCUGGGACACAUAUUGCCAAUCGUCGGAAAUGAUUGGUCACAAACUGGAGUAGCUCAGCUGUUCAAUAAGAUUAAAGAUAAUGGAUACAAGUUAUUGUAUUUGAGUGCAAGAGCCAUAGGUCAGGCCAGAACAACAAGGGAAUAUAUUAAAUCUAUCAAACAAGGCGAUUUGUAUAUGCCUGAUGGACCCAUACUUCUUAAUCCCACAUCAUUAAUCAAUGCAUUCCAUAGAGAAGUAAUUGAGAAGAAACCAGAACAAUUCAAAAUCUCUUGCAUGAGUGAUAUUAAAGCUCUAUUCCCAAUAGACUCAAAUCCAUUCUAUGCCGGCUAUGGCAAUAGAAUAAAUGAUGUGUGGGCAUAUCGCGCGGUGGGUAUUCCAAUUGUUAGGAUUUUCACCAUAAAUCCAAAGGGCGAAUUGAAGCAUGAGUUAACCCAAACCUUCCAGUCAAGUUACUCUGGCCAGUUCCUGGUUGUGAAUGAUGUUUUCCCACCAAUAAUAAAUAAAAUUAUCAGUACCGAAAUCGAUGAUGACGAUGUCGACGAUUCAGAUUCGUCGUCGUCGUCAGAAUUGCAAUUUCAAUAAUCAAUAUUCGCGAUAGUAUUCAAAGUUUUUCUAGUCUGUGAUUUACAAAGCAAAACUAAAUCUAGUUUUAAAAAAGAAAAGACGGUUUAAUAGACAAAUUAAGUUUUAAGUAUUUUUUCGCUGUGACAAUUCAGAGAGGAUCUUUCAGUUUUUUUUCUAUAAUUUUUGGGUUUGUUUCUGUAAUUUUUGGGGGCUUUGGUUUUCGUUUAUUUGGCUUUGUUGCAUGUAUUUAACAAACUUGGAGCGUGUCGUACUUUCUUGAGAUGAAGCGUAAACGAAGGAUCCUCUCUGAAUUAAUUUGUUAAGUUUGAAUUCUUACCAAUACGAUUUUGGUAUGAAAUAUUUAUCCUUAUGACCUUCCCCUUUUUAAGUAAAAUAUUUUAUUU